CAGCGGCCGCUGGGUGCCGCAUGCGGUGCAGAUCCAGCACUUUCAUUCAGGGGCUUCGUGCUGAGCGAGGAAACGGCGCACAGGCGCGCCUGGCGAAGGAGAGAAAGACCACCGGUGAGGAAAUGCUUUGGUGAAGACCCCCUUCGGGAGGCUUUGCCACAUCUCAUCGCUGUUUUACGGUGGACAGAAGUUGGAGAUGUCCGCAAUCGAAAAACUCCAUGGAUGCCUUUUAAUUUACUCCAUACUUUUUCCGCUCCUGUCGUGUGAAAACCUAGAUGAUGGCUGUGGUCCAUCUUUCCUGGGAUCGGAAAGCGGGGUUCUCUCCUCAGGGAGGUACCCUGACACCUACCCCAACAACUCGCGAUGCGAGUGGAAGAUCCGCGUGGCCAAGGGCAACAGCGGCAUCGUCUUCAGGUUCGGUGACCUUGACGUCGAGGCAUCGCUGUGCGAGUCCAGCUACGUCCGGGUCGUCCAGGGGCAUCGUGCCGAUGGUCCUGUGUACGGCACCUUCUGCGGCCAACCCAAAUCCCCACCCCCGGAGGUGUACAUCAACUCCACCGAGGUUACCGUCCAGUUCCGGAGCAGCACGCACAUCUCCGGUCGGGGGUUCCUCCUGUCCUACGCGGCGGUGGAGCACAGAGAUCUGAUCACAUGCUUGGACACGGGCAGCCGAUUCUCUGCUUUGAAGUACAGGAAGUACUGUCCAGCAGGAUGCAAGGCUGUGCAUGGGGGCGUCUCCGGGGACAUUUCCCAGGGAUACCGACAUACGUCAGUCCUGUGCAAAUCUGCCAUCCACGCUGGGGUCAUCACAAACGAGCUGGGAGGACAGAUCUACGUGGAGGCGAGGAUGGGUUUGAGUCACUACUCUGGUACACGAGCCAAUGGAAUCCAGUCCAAAGCUGGCUCCUUGUCGGAUGCGCUCUUCACGUUCAACAGCAGCGCCUGUAAGAAUCAGAUGAACCUGCAGCCCGUGUCCAGGAACGCGAGCUCCUGGCCCAGCGUCACCGGUAUGGGCGAGGAAACGGACUCGCCGGGUGCGGGGAACCUGUGGCUUGCAGACAACAGCAGCGCCAAGCACUGGCUUUAUCUGGACCUCGGCGAGAAGAAGAAAGUCACGGAGAUCAUAACCGCAGGUUCUGCGCAGUUGGGCUGGUUCGUGCGGACAUACAGGGUAGAGCACAGGGAGAGGAACCGCUGGAAGUCCUACACGCAGAAUAACGGCUCCAAAGACGUGGAUGUGGUGUUUGAGGGAGAUGAAAAUGGCCACCCAUCCCGGAACACCUUCCAGCCGCCCCUCAUCACCCGGUAUCUGCGAAUCAUCCCGCUCAGUUGGCACCGGCAAGUGGCCAUGACAGUGGAGCUGUUUGGCUGUCCUUACGCCAAAGCAAACUCAUCUGAACCAGAAACCCUGAAGCCCAGAACCAAGGCGAAUGGCGAAGCAGCCAAUCUGGUCAAGCUGCUCAUCAUCACUGUGCCCACGGUGCUGAGCGUGCUCAUUCUGUUUGUCAUCUUCUGUUCCUGUAAAAUGCUGCACAGGAAAAAGGCCAAAGACAAAGGCUAUGGAUCGUCAGACGACAAGAAAUCAGGCUGCUGGAAGCAGAUCAAGCAGCCUUUCGUGAGGCAUCCAUCAGGCGAGUUCACCAUCAGCUACAGCCCUGAGAAGGAGCCCAUGCAGAAGCUGGACCUGAUCACCAGCGCCAUGGCUGUAGAGUACCAGCAACCCCCGAUGAUCGGCAUGGACACCGUGACCCGCAAGGGCUCCACAUUCAGGCCCAUGGACACUGAUGUCAAAGAAGAACCCGGCGACGCUGCCACGCACUACGACUACUUGCACACAGUCAAUCAGUACGCCCUGCCGCUGACCAAUCCGGAGCCGGAGUACGCCACACCUAUCAUCGAACGCCACACCUUCCGGAAGGAUGGCUUCCUGCCCGACCCCAGCUACAGUGUCCCGGGGACUGUCCUCAGCAAGACGCCCUCCUUCACAGCUGGCAGUCAUGGCAGAGGACGGGGUGACGGAGCCUAUCAGAUGCCGCAGGUCAAGGUGGAAAGGCGCAGCCCAGAGGGAGUUUAUGACAAACCCAAAGUGGGCUCAUCACCUCUGCCGAACGGCAUCAGCUCAAACUACCAGAGGCCCCAAGCGAAGCCUUUGUUAGCGAAGAGCUACUCCACACCAAGGGACUCUGUGAAGCGGGCUGACCCUGUGGCCCGUGGGCCAGAGCAGGUGGGAACCGCAGGUGGAACCUGAUGACUCAUGAUGCCCAGAUGGGACAAUACCUCGAUUUUAUCCAUCUCAGACGCCUCCCGUUCUGUUCGCCUGGGACCAUGUUUCUAACGUCCCAACAGUGGAACGACUAUUGUUUAAUUUUCGUUGGUAUAUUUUCUGACUUGCGAUAUCAUUCCCCAUCCCUCAACAACGGGGUGCGCUCAUUUCGCCUCCCGCGGACCCCUUAUGUUCAUGUUGCCUCUGUCAGUACACGUUUUUCUGGAUGUUUUUUGGAGACAGGCCUGGGCACGUAAACCUGACUGUGAAUAUAUCCCAACGUACUUUGGGGACUCUCUGUAAAUGUGAUGUCAACAGUCAACCAAUAGAAAUUUGUUGAGGAGCAAGAGAUUGCUUUAAGGCCUCCUCUGAUUAUUCCUUCCUGGAAUUCCCUGGAGUUCACAUGGGAAAUUUUGUGUAUCCAGUCGUAUCUCUUCAGGACACAUCAGUUCCUCUCUGAAGAUGGCACUCCUCAGAUAAGAUGUAGAGGAUCUGAUAGACACCAUGCUAGUGGGGAGCAACAGGCGAGUGUCGGUCCGUAGGAGGAAAGUGAAGCACUAUCCUUCGCAAUGUAUGUGGCCGCAGCGGAGACCAUGUGACCCGGUACAAGGGAAUUCCCAAGAAAAGGGCGGGGGAGGGGGGGUGGCGGGGGUGGCCACAAUGAGCGUUUUGUCACCAGCAACGCAGGUGCCUCGGGGAAGAGGAUGGCAUGCAGGCUUAGCCAAUCAGAGGUCCUGCCCAUGGAUGAUAUGGGAUGUUAUAAGAUGUUAAUUGGAGCACGUGAAUGUGGGUUUUUUUUAUUAUUUUAUUUAAACCAUUCAGUUAAAGAGUGGAAAUAAUUUCUAAUUUGGAUGCUUAUUUUAAUUGUGCUCAGACUUUAAAAAUGAAUCGUUUAUUUAUCUUGUUUUUUAUUGCCUUUUCGGACUGGUCCCAGGUAAAGGACUCCUCCUUCACUGACUGUAUAUUUACAUAUUUGUACAGACCGUCAGCAGCUGUAUAUAGUGAAUUGAAAAGACGUCAUUGUCACGCGCUGCGUCACUCGCACCUUUUGUGCAGUUGCUGCUUGUUGCUGCUCUAUGUGGAGAGAUUGGUGGGUAGGAGAGCUUUGAUUUCUGUGAAAUGUGUAAGGGGGUUGGGGGGGGGGGGUGACAUUGCAGGCAGACCUGCUUCCUCUUUCCUGUUCCUCUCAUUACCAGUGUCUUAGUUUACAUGAAUGUGUGUGAGCUGCUCAGGACUCGAAUAAAGCUGCCAGCAGCUGA